UCGAGUGUUUCGCGCGUCACCGGCGCCCGCGCUGUGAUAAAUGUAUAAAUUUAGUUCGAUUUAGUUCGAGUGUUUUAAAGUUUUUUUUAUUGUAAAUCAUGGCCAAUGUACCGCUAGUUCGCCGGGUCAACGGAUUCGAAGCUACAGAUUCCAUUACCUCCAGCCACAAGGACAGCAAUCGGUGGUCCGUGGCAGCACUGGAGAGGGCUGGAUCCACCCUAAAAGCUCUGAACCGGUUGGCCAUAAGACCCCCCGUGCAUGUCGGCUUCGAAGACGUCGGGUUCACCGUUAACUCGGGAAAAAAUGAGCGUGAGAUCCUGCACAAGGUGUCGGGGGAGUUCCGGUCUGGCGAGCUGGCCUGCAUCAUCGGCCCGUCCGGCGCCGGCAAGUCCACCCUGCUCAACAUAUUAAGCGGCUACAUAACACAAAACAUCUGCGGCAAGAUCACAAUAAACGGGCAAGCCCGAAAUAUGAAGAUAUUCAAGAAGUUAAGCUGUUACAUACAGCAGGACGACGUGCUGCAGCAGUGGCUGACUGUCAGCGAGUCUAUGAAGGUGGCAGCCGACCUCAAACUUGGCCAGGAGCUCGGCAGUACCGAGAAGGAAUUAAUAGUGGAAGAGAUCCUCCAGACGCUGGGUCUGUAUGAUCACCGGGACACCAUGACGCAGAGCCUAUCGGGGGGGCAGCUGAAGCGGCUGGCCAUCGCGCUCGAGCUAGUCAACAACCCCCCCGUAGUCUUUCUCGAUGAACCUACCACUGGUCUCGAUGUAGUAUCAGUGCGGCAGAUGGCAGUACUUCUGCGACUACUGUCCCGGCAAGGGAGAACCAUCGUGUGCACCAUCCACCAGCCCUCGGCAACGCUGUUCUCACUGUUUGACCGAGUGUACAUCCUCGCUCAAGGACUCUGCUGUUACCAGGGAACAUCCUCAAUGCUUCUACCGUUUCUGACAGAAGCGAGGUACAUCUGUCCAAAGACUCACAACCCAGCUGACUUUGUGCUGGAGACUCUGAGCAGCGUGCCGGAAGCACGGAGACAACUGUCAGAAUUAUGCCACAACGGAAAGAUACAUAAGUAUCAGGAACCCACAAUGAUGCCGUACAAAAAAUCUUCAAAAAUACACUCGGAUGCCAUACAAAUAUUCCCCGGUACAGAAAAAGAUCCACUACUCAAAAUGGAGUACCCCACGACUUUUCUUUUUCAGUUUUAUAUUUUAAUCAAACGAAUGGUCACACAAAGUAAAAGAGAGUCACUGAAACUAUGGCUGCAGUUGUUACACCACUCCCUGGGCGCCCUCGUGGUUGGAAGCAUUUUCUUCGGCUUGGGGAAUGAUGCCAAGAGUCCCAUGGUCAACAUUAAGUUUUGUCUGUGCUGCCAAGUCUUCUUCAUGUUCACAUACGCUAUGAUUCCAAUUUUAUUAUUUCCAACAGAGGUAGAGGUACUGAAGCGAGAGUAUUUUAACCACUGGUACAGUUUCAAAGCGUACUAUGCGGCCAGAACUCUAAAUACUGUACCAACUACGUUGUUCUUCACGACGCUGUUCACGACAGUUGCUUACUUCAUGGCGGGACAGCCCACGGACUGGGUCCGCUUCGUGCUGUUCACCACAUGUGGCUUCCUCACCGCCAUCUGCUCUGAAUCCAUCGGACUGUUGAUAGGAGCUCUCUGCAAUGAAAGAAAUGGCGCCAUCCUGGGUCCAUCGGCUGUAGCACCCCUGCUGGCUUUGGCCUGCUACGGCUUCGGCUUCGGCGAGCACAUCGAGCCCCUCAUGCGAUACCUCAUGAACACCUCCUUCGUGCGCUACAGCCUGUCCGGCCAAUGCCUGGCCUUAUUCCACAACCGAGCACCGUUGUCCUGCAGUGGCGACAUCUGUAUUUACUCCGAUCCAAAGAUUUUCUUACGCGAUCUAGGCAUGAUCGAAGACAUCUACUGGCAGCAGGCUCUAGCGGUCAUUCUGUUUAUAUUCCUGUUCAGAAUCAUGGGCUUCCUAGCUCUCAAAUUCAAACUCUUCGCGGGCUUUAAUAGCGAAACGAUGGUUUAUAUUAGCAAGUUGGUGAAACGUCGUAAUACGAAGUAAAAGUACCUGAUUUGAUAGAGUUAAAGAUAUUAAAAGAUUUAUUUGUGAUCUUGUACUAUUAUAUAUUCUGUGGUGAUAGCUAAUUUCCAG